AUGCUCCUGGGCUACUGGGACAGUCCGCAGCUGGCGCACGCCAUCCGCAUGCUCCUGGAGUUCACCAACACCGAGUACGAGGAGAAGCGCUACACCUGCGGGGAAGCUCCCGACUAUGAUCGAAGCCAGUGGCUGGAUGUGAAAUUCAAGUUAGAUCUGGACUUUCCUAACUUGCCCUACCUGGUGGACGGGAAGAACAAGAUCACUCAGAGCAAUGCCAUCUUGCGCUACAUCGCUCGCAAGCACAAUAUGUGUGGCAACACAGAAGAAGAGAAGAUUCGCGUGGACAUCAUGGAGAACCAGAUAAUGGAUUUCCGCAUGCAGCUUGUCCGGAUCAGCUACAGCCCUGACCAUGAAAAGCUGAAGCCUCAGUACUUGGAGCAGCUGCCUGGAAACCUCAAACAGUUUUCCUUGUUCCUGGGGAAAUUCUCGUGGUUUGCUGGGGAAAAGCUCACCUUCGUGGACUUCCUCACCUACGAUGUCUUAGACCAGAACCGCAUGUUUGAGCCCAAGUGCCUGGAUGAGUUCCCAAAUCUGAAGGCUUUCAUGUGUCGUUUUGAGGCUUUGGAGAAAAUAGCCGAGUACAUGCAGUCUGACCGCUUCUUCAAGCUGCCCAUCAACAACAAGAUGGCCCUGUGGGGAAGCAAGAGGUGCUGAGCAGGGGCCCAGCUCGGCUACCACCCUGCCGGUGGGGGGCCUGUCUUCCAUCUUUUGCUCUUUUCAAUAAACGGCUUUUAGACUA